AAUACAAAAUAAUGUUCGGAAAAGAUUUAUUUCAAUAAGUUCACAACGAUUAGAACCAGUCUCUAACCAGCCGUUGAAGUGUACUGUGUUCAUCAUGGCGAUUCGGAAAGAAGUGACCUGUUUUUUAUUCCUUUUGCUUGCCUAUCUCUACUCUGGGGAAUGUUCCAGCCUACCGCAGCCCGGAGCAUGUGGGGUUGACGCCUCCGAUAGGAUUUAUGGCGGUAGUGUAACAAACAUCGAUAGCUAUCCCUGGACAGCCAUUUUAAUUUUCCAAAAUUCUCUCAACACUAACUUGUAUCACUGUGGCGGAAGUUUAAUUACGAAUCGAUACGUUCUCACUGCUGCACAUUGCAUUGAUGGAGUCAGUGAAGACUACAAUUUGGUUGGAAUCCGCUUGGGAGAAUGGGAUUUAAAAAGCGACACGGAUUGUAACUCCGAAUCUAUCUGCAGUGAUGCUCCGGUUGACGUUGGAAUUGAGAGCAUGGUGAAACAUGCGGACUAUAGUAGAGAAACUCUGGUGAACGAUGUAGCAUUAAUCAAACUGAAUGAAAGUGUUACAUUCACCGAUUACAUAGCACCAGUUUGUCUACCGAUCCCCGAAAUCGCCAAAACGAAGAACACUGAUGAAACAACUUUCACCGCUGUCGGUUGGGGCAAUACGGAACACAAAAACGGAACUUAUGAAUUCGGCAGUCGCUAUAAACUACAUGUGCAACUUAAAGGCGUUAACAUGACCUAUUGUAACGAAGCCUAUGAAGAAGAGAUCAUCGAUUCACAACUAUGUGCUGGAGCCGAGAAAGGGGAGGACACUUGUCAAGGUGAUUCUGGCGGUGGUUUAGUUGCUCCAGUUGACGGUUAUUAUUAUGCGUAUGGUAUAGUUAGCUGGGGCUAUGGAUGCGGUCGGAAAGGUACACCUGGCGUGUAUACAAGGGUAACAAGCUUCUUGGAUUGGAUCGAGAAAAACAUGGAUAAGGACGAUAAAAAGAAUGACGGAAAAAAUGAUGAUGAAAAAAAUAACGAUGAUAAAAUCAAUGAAAAUUGAAGUGAACUAACACAAAUGCAGUACGAAGUCAAUGAUAGACGCUCAGUAGAUAUGAACAAACAGUGAAAAGACAAUUAAAUGAUAAAAACAUA